AUGUCCUCCCAAGCAUACGCCUGGCAAGACCUGCCCUCCCAACUCUCCUCCUCCAUUGACAAGGUCAAUAAAGUAUCCAGUAACGACGCUCAGCUCAGCGCCUUCACGACUUCCAACGCUAUUGAGAAGCCAGCUACUUGGGGCAUCAAGUCUCAUGGCAGCGAUAGUGUGAUCUUGUGUACGGUGACGAAUGGUAAAGCGGAGUUGAGAACAGGGAGUACGAAGGACGCGGUUUUUACGCUUGUGGCGCUGCCGGAGCAGUGGGAGAGGUUUUUUGAGCAGACGCCUGUGCGGCCGUAUCAGAGUUAUUGGGGCAUGUUCGGCAUGAACAUUAAACAGCAGGGCAUUAGCGUUGAAGGCGAUCAGACAGCCUUUGCUCACUGGACUCACGUUUGGCGCCGCGUUCUUGAACUGCUGCACGACCAGCUGGUUGGCGAGACCCCAGCCGACACUGAGCCAGAGCUUGACGAAGACCAAAUCGUCGGCAGAUAUGCAUACAUCACCUCACCACUAUGGGGACGGUGCAAGUGCUUCUACGAGCAAGCCGGCAACGGAUCGCAGGAGGUUCUCUUCCUUCACACCGCUGGAAGCGACAGCAGGCAGUACCACGGUGUCAUGAAUGACAAGCGUAUGCUGGAGAAGUGCCACAUGACAGCUGUUGAUCUUCCGGCUCAUGGGAGGAGUUUUCCUUAUGAGGGAUAUCAGCCUGGCAAUCACACCAACACCGAAGACGGCUACGUUGGCUUCAUCGCCGCAGCGAUCAAGAAGCUCGGUCUCAAGAACGCCAUCGUUUGUGGUGCAUCCAUGGCUGGUCAAGUCUGUCUGGCGGUAGCUGUUCGUAACAAGGAAGUUGGUGCAAUGGGUACGAUCCCACUUCAGGGCUCCGACUACCUUAACAUGGAACGCCAAUGGUACGACCGCUCUCCCUACGUCAACCAAUCCCUCUUCGCCCCCGAAUGGAUCUACGGCAUGAUGGCUCCCACCGCCCCGCUCGUCAACCGCCAGCUCGUCUGGCACAUGUACUCCGCCCAGGCGUACGGCAUCUUUCACGGUGACCUGGACUUCUACUUUGGCGGCUGGGACGGCCGAAGCAGGAUGAAGGAUAUCGACACCAAGAGCUGUCCUGUCUAUAUGCUGACUGGCGAGUACGACUGGAGCAACACGCCGGAUAUGAGCCAGGAGACUUGCGAUAAGAUUCCGGGCGGGAAGCAUCAAGCUAUGAAGGGUUUGGGGCAUUUCCCGGCUACGGAGAACCCGAAGGUGUUUGUGGGAUACGUUUUGGAGGCCAUUGAGCAUAUCCAGAAGACACAUCAGGGCUGA